GUGUACUGGUAUAGAAACCCCGAUCGUCACCUGUCAUCAGCAGCUUAGAUAGUUUGAGUCCGACGGUUGAAAUCAAGAAGAUUGUUUGCUUUGGAUUAGGCCCACUCCAUACGGUUAAUGUCAAUGGCGAGUCGAAGCCCAGCAUCUACGAGCCUAGCUGGUACCUGGGUCACAACCUCCUCGCUAUUGACAUUGCCGAAGCACUGCAAACCAAGUACCAAUCGAAGAUGCCAAUGCCCAUCAUCUUUCAAGAUCCUUUAUACCAAGAAAAUGAAACUAAGUUCCUACAUAAAUUUGCCAACAGGAAGCGUCUGCCCGUAACAUUUGUCAACCACCCCCAGGCACUGCUCCAGGUGGAUGCGCACACGCUAGUUAUAGCUUACAAUAGUUCUGCACUACCAAUUCGCCAGCUCAUCGUCGAUAUCACGCAUCCUUACAAAGGCCCCACUGGAUUCUUGUGUUGGACGAUUCCCCCUAUCUCGUCUCUAGAGCAAGAACUAGACGUGGCGAAAGAAAGUCCGUUGGAUCUAGUGAACAGCCGCGUCGCUUCAAUGGAGAAAGAUUACAAUAUGAAGGCGAUUUGCACUGUUGACCAGUGGGCGUCGACGUUGUACUUGAAGCAGAAGUAGUGCUAUUUCUGUAGCUCUUAGAAACUAUAUCUAUUAAGAACGAACGACUAGACAUCCUAUA